AUGGAUGUUAUUGAACGUGCCCGUCUUACUGAUACUAAAACUGUUGAUACUCCUCUUGAGUCUAACGCUCGAUAUUCCUCAUCUGAAGUUAUACCAUUGACUGAUCCUACUUUGUAUCGCAAUAUUGUUGGAUGUCUCGUUUAUCUUACCAUCACACAUCCUAACGUUGCUUAUGUUGUUCACAUUGUUAGUCAGUUUGUCUUAGCUCCUACUACAGUUCAUUGGGAAGCAGUUAUUCGUAUUUUGCGUUAUCUUCAUGGUACAUGCUUUCAAAAUCUUUUGUUCCCAUCGACCUCUGUCUUAGUGCUCCGUGCCUACUCUGAUGCUGAUUGGGCCAGCGACCCCAUUGAUAGCAAGUCUACUACUGAUUUUUGUAUAUUUUUGGGUGAUUUUCUUAUCUAUUGGAAAAGUAAAAAGCAGAUUGUUGUUUUUCGUUCCUUUACAGAUGCAGAAUAUCAAGCUAUGACAUCUAUUAUCACUGAGAUUGUGUGGUUACGAUGGUUACUUGGAGACAUGAGUGUUCCUCAUUUCUCCCUUCAUUCAACUUCUUCUCUUCUCUCUUGUUCUCUUUGA